GUUAGCGAGGCGGUAGCGGGGACCGCGGUGAUGGCAGUUUACCGCCGCUAAACAUACAGGCUGGAUCAGAACCAUGGCCCAGACCUGUCCCUUCCCUGAGGAAGUGGUGGACUUCUGGGUGAGCAAGGCAGUAGCCUGGGGCCAGGCCACGGACCUGUCAACCCAGGUCGAUGUCAGCCUCCACCUGGGGAAACUGAGGAGCUUCCUCCAGCAGCUCCAUCAGGGGCUACAGCUCACAAAUAGCACCACUGAGGCGAUGAGAUCCUUUCCGUUUGUGGGUCAGUUUCUGGGAAGGCUCUGCUGGAAUCCAUGUGUUAGUGCGGACGAGGGGAGUCUGGACUGCCUGCUGCAGUGCUUGUGGCGUCUGCACAGCGCUGAGCCACAGAACGCCGUGGAGCGCAGGGCCAACCAGUGGAUCCGGAGCUUACUGCAUCACCUCUCUGUGGAGGAGAGGGAUGGCACUGCCCAGACAGUUGUGAAACACUUGGGGUGCUCGCCGCUGGAUUAUCGAUUAACGUUUCUGAAAAAUAUGGUGUCAUCGUUAGUGAGGGAGGUUCGAGAGAGUCGCUGCACUGGGGUCCACCUGCCAGAGAGGUGUCUGUGUGACAACGUGCGCGGUGCCUCUGUGGCUUGCGUCCCUUUGGUCACAUGCCCUGAAGUGGCCCCUCUGAUUGGUGCUCUCCUGCAGUGUCCUGCUGUGUGUGACAGGGCGGCUCUGAGUGAGGAGUUCCUGGAAGCGGUGAGCGCCGCCCUGCUGGGGAAGAAGCUGGUUCUUGAGGAGGAGGAGGUGAUGAGUCUUUGGUACCGCAGCCUGCCCAGUUUAGAGAGAGCUGUGCUGCAGCUUCUGGAGUUUGCCCUGUUGAACCCUGCGCCAUCCUUCACCGCCUUGGAGCAGCGAGUCGCAGACUCUCUCCUGCCCAAAGCAGCCGCCCUUCAGUGCCCCGUGUUUCUGAUAACCACUGACAUCUUCAGAAAGUUGCUGCUGGAGACGCGGGGAAGCUGUGCCCUCAGAGCUCUUCUGCAGGCAUUCACUCGCCACUUCCUCCUGUCCCUCCGCCCCCUGGACCCACAGGAAAGGCUGCCCCUGAAAGCCUUCUUCCCUCGCACCCCUCAGUCUCUACUGACACUCCUGCUGCAGAACCCCACAGAGGUUCAGAUGGAGGCGUGGCCGGAACACCUACUGCGUAUAUGUCACUCGCUGCAGAGAGUGGAGGAGGAAGAGGAGGAUGACGCUGUCAGGAGGCGCUGGGCUCUGUUUGAGGGCUGGUUCCUGCUGGUGCGGUGUGGGGACUGGGUGGAUGUGGCCGCCCAGCUGCUCGUCUCCGCGGCACCCGACGCCUCGGCGCCCCUCCUGUGGCUCCUGACUUUCUACCACCAGCCCAUGCAGCUGGAGCAGCAGAGAGCCCGCACGCUGACGGAGGCUGGAGAGGCUCUGGAUCACCUGAGGGCACUCUUCCUCACCCGUACCCCUCCUCCUCUUCCUCCUGAGCAUCUCCGGGCACUGCUGGAUCCGACGGGCCCCCCCUGCCCCCCGUGCCCCCCUGUGGCCCCCCUCGUCCAGCACCUCCUGCUCAGCUUUGCUGUGUUCUCCCACGCCCCUCUCAGCACCGUCACUGAGGUCGUGCGUAAGGCGCUGGGGCGUGUGGCCUCCUGCCCUGAGGCGGUGUGGUUCCUGGCUGGUGUGGAGCGCAGGCUGAACACACUCCCGGAUCCCAGGGUUCAUUCGAGGCUGAGGACAAUCCAAGAAGGGCUGGCAGCGCAAGACACCACAUAAAACAUGCCCGAGCCCAGACAAACCCAAACUAUCCAUUACAAACAAGCGCUCCGCAAAUGUUUCGGGCACCCUGCGAAAUGUCAGCUGCUGUAAAGAAAAGUGUCAAUUAAAAAUGACAGAUGUUUGAUCAUUUAAAAUAUAUAUUUAUGGUUUUUAUUUUAAAUUCAGGCCUUUGUACAGAUUUAAUAGUUUGACUCUGAGUUAUUUGCUGGCAUUGUAACCAAAAUGCAGAGUUUAGAGGCUGAGUAUCAUGUGUUGUCUGUGCAAGUUUGAUGCUUCACAGUCUGUAUGUAGUUUUGUAAAUC